UUCGAGUCGGAUAUUGCUCUUAAUAACCAAUAGGGUUAUUAACUAAUUUAUAAAUUAAUUUUCAACACCAAUUAAUAUUAUAAUUAUCAACACCAAUUAAUAUUAUAUUCAAAAUGAAGAAUAAAGAAGUAAGAAUCAUAAGUUUACUUGUAUUAGAUACUAUAUUCUUCUUAUUGGAGGCCACUAUUGGUUAUUCAGUCCAUUCAUUGGCUUUAAUUGCUGACUCCUUUCAUAUGUUAAAUGAUAUUAUUUCCCUUAUAAUUGCACUUUGGGCUGUUAGAGUUAAAAAUACUAAACCAGCCGAUGGGAAAUAUACUUAUGGUUGGCAAAGAGCUGAAAUCUUAGGAGCAUUAAUUAAUGCUGUAUUCCUUUUAGCUCUUUGUUUUACCAUUGUUAUGGAUGCCCUUCAAAGAUUUUUUGAACCUCAAGUUAUUAAUAAUCCAAAAUUAAUUCUUAUUGUUGGAGUGGCUGGAUUAGUAAGUAAUGGAAUUGGGUUAGUUUUAUUUCAUGAACAUGGUCAUUCUCAUUCUCAUGGAGGUGCGGAUGAAAUUCAUGAUGAUGAUGAAACUCUUAUUCAAGGUACAGAUAAUAUUAAUUUUAAUGGUAAUGGUUCAGUAAGUAUUUAUGAACAUGGUCAUAGUCAUACUGGCUCUUCAACCAAUGUUUAUGACUAUUUACCAGAUACUGUUGUCGAUAGAUAUAAUGAGAAUUCUCCAUUAAUCAAAACUGCUCUAUUGAAUAAUCAUGAUCAUGAUCAUGGUUCAAAUGGUCAUUCACAUAGUCAUGGAGAUCAUGAUCAUAAUAAUGGUCAUCAUGAAGAUGUACCAAAAACUACAAAAAAGAGAAAAUCAAUGAAUAUGGAAGGAGUAUUUUUACAUGUUUUAGGUGAUGCGUUAGGUAAUAUUGGGGUUAUAAUUACAGCAUUAAUUAUUUGGAAAACAGAAUAUACUUGGAGAUAUUUAGCUGAUCCUGCUACUUCCUUGAUUAUAACCUUAAUUAUCUUUUCAUCAGCUUUACCCUUAUGUCGUAAAUCUUCUAAAAUCUUAUUGCAAGCUACUCCACCAUAUAUUAAUUCUAAUUUAAUUGUGGAAAAUAUUAUUAAUUUACCAUUAGUUAAAUCAGUUCAUGAUUUCCAUGUUUGGAAUUUAAAUGAAGAAAUUUUAAUUGCGACUUUACAUUUAGAAUUGGCAGAUAAUUGUUAUACCCCAGCUCCAUCAGUGAAUACUACCAAUGAUAUUAAUAAUAAUAAUAAUAAUGAGAUUUACCAAGAAGUUGGAAAAAAUACUAAUCAAAUUGAUAAAGUUGUGUUUUUGAGAGCUGUGAGUCAAGUAAGGAGUGUAUUACAUAAAUUCGGUAUACAUUCAGUAACUAUUCAACCAGAAUUUGAAGAUGGUGCUAAACCUUUGAAUAAGAAGGCUAGUGCAUAUGGUAAAACUAAUUUUUCUAACUGUUUAGUCGAUGAUAUCGUAAAAUGUGAUACUGAUAGAUGUAAGUGAGACAAACAAACAAAUAAUCAAUAAAUUUCCUUGAUUUUAAAGUGAAGAAAUGGUUAUUGAAAAAUUUAAAUAGAAUGAAUUAUACAC